AUGGACGCUACAACGGAGAGAAGAUUCGUUGUCGGAACUGAUGCUGGGAUCAAGAAGGCAAACGUCCCUGCUCUGCGACUGGUAUCGCGGGACAGAUCUCUGAGCCUUUCGGAGGCAGCGAAGAAGCAGCUGCAGGCUCUUGGCGCAAUCGACGACUUUGAGGGCAACGUGAAUAUCGAGUCUCCUUUUGAUCUCAACGUCGACCACCGCAAGCGCAAAACGUUCAAGGACGAGGACGAAAUGGCUUCCUGGAUACAGGACAUGUUUCUAGGAUAUAGGUCUCCGAACACAUCUCCCAGGCGUUAUUUGCACCAUCUCGAUCACCCCUCGGUGAAGUCCAGCGCAGAAAACCAUACAAGGAGAACGGGAAAGGCUGGAAGAGAAGAAAAAUCUUCUUCAAACGAUAUGUUUAGCGCUCCCGUGGCUGAAAUUUUGAAAGGAACCCUGGAGAUCCGUGACUCGAUCGAGGCGGACAGGGGGAUGAAGGUGCACUGUUCCCUCACCGCCGACGGCCUCCAGAUCUCUUCGGCUGAAGAAGCGAAAGAGAUGGGAAACUUGAAACUAGAAGAAACAUUCGUGACGGUCUUUGAAGAGCAUGAAUGCCUGUUCAUGCUCGGGACUAGGAGGUCCUCAUUGCUUUCGAAGAACAAGACCCAGGAGAAGGACUGGAUCUUCUUCGCGUGCGCCAACGAGCUUGAGAAGAAGGCAUGGGUCAGGAACUUGCAAAACAGCGGAUCAAGACUUUAUCGAGGAAAUGCAAAGGACAUGUCUCGGAUCAAGUAG